GCAACAAGAACGGGUGGCAGCAGCAGGAGCAGCAGCAGAGUGGUGAAGCACACGCAGCAGGAAGAUCGCAUAGAAAAUUUUCGCCAGUCACAAUCUCACUAGUUGGUUGGUGUUGUUUAGAGAGGAAGAAAAACUGCAGCUUUUCGCAUCCUUUGGUGGCCAGGAAACCCGAAUAGCCAGACCGAAACGAUACAACUCUGCGCGACAGAAACCCAAAGCAUAAACAACACUGCUGGCGGCAGGAUGCUUAUCUAGCUGGAUGAUGCUAGACAUGCUCUAACACAAAGGAUAACCGGGGCGAAAAAUGUGACGCCGACUUCCGCGUAAGGCAGAUUCCAUAUUUCCACCGUAGAAGUUGUUACAGAUCUCUUAGCGGAGUCUGUUCCAUACCCCACACUGAUAAGGAGGCUUUCGAGGCGACAUGGCUAAGGCCGAUACGAGAACUUACGACACCCUAACGAACCAAGAUACGAAUCCAUUCAACAACGAUGCAAACAAACUGUCGCCCACCAUCGAUGAGGAGGAGACGCCCCAAAGUAGUGGAUUGGUCAUUCAUGUCGUGCCGGAGACGAGUAAAGCACGAUGGAACCACAUCGAGGAUCUGGAUUCGUUCUUCAACCGGCUUUACUGCUACCAUCAGAAGCACGGAUUUUACGUGAUGAUGCUGCAGAAGGUGUUCGAACUGUUCCAGUUCAUGUUUGUCGUUGUGUUGAUCACAUAUAUGAUCAACUGCAUAGACUAUAGCGUACUUUUCAACGAAAAGGAUGAUCCCCACAAAGUGAAGCUAUCCGAUGCGAUGUUAGCACCGGCGGAGUGCGCUGCCGCGCUGGGAGGCCUCGACUGGCUGGUUUUGGUACUGGCCGGUCUGUUUUGGAUUUUCCGAUUGUUCAAAUUUUUGUGCCAUCUGGUACAAUUUUGGGACAUUAAGCUAUUCUUCAACACGGCGUUGAAGAUUGAGGAUUCCGACCUGGAUAACCUCACCUGGCACGAGGUUCAGAAAAAGAUCCGGGAGGUACAAUCGGAAAUUCAAAUGAGUAUCAACAAAGAGCAAUUGACUGAGUUAGAUAUCUAUCAUAGGAUAUUAAGAUUCAAAAACUACAUGGUAGCAAUGAUGAACAAAUCACUUCUUCCAUCUACCAUUCAACUGCCAUUCUUGGGAACUGUGGUUUGCCUGAGCCAAGCAUUGCGCUACAACAUAGGAUUAAUUCUUUUCUGGGGACCAUGGUCUCCGUUCGAAAACAACUGGCACCUACGGGAGGAAUUCAAGCGUUCGAGCAACCGGAUAGAACUGGCCAACAAAUUGGCCAAUCAAAUAUUCUGGGUGGCGGUGGCCAACCUUAUUCUCUCGCCAUUCAUCUUCCUUUGCCAGUUGAUGUAUUUUUUCUUCAAUUACGUCGAUCUGAUUAAAAAAGAACCAGGGACACUGGGUAUGCGGUGCUGGUCACAGUACGGGAAACUUCAUUUGCGUCACUUUAACGAGCUGGACCAUGAGCUGGAUGCGCGGUUGACUCGCGCCUACCGGCCAGCAGUGAAAUACAUGAACUCGUUCUCCUCGCCGCUGGUGAUUGUGAUUGCAAGAAAUGUGGCGUUCGUUUGCGGUGGUGUGGCAUCGUUGAUAUUCCUUCUAGCAGUGUACGACGAAGACGUAUUUCAGGUGCAGCAUGUUUUCACGAUUUUCACCGUUUUGGGCGCUGCGAGUGUUAUUUCAAGGUCUAUGAUUCCUGACGAGAACAUGAUAUGGUGUCCGGAGCAGCUAUUACGAAAUGUCCUUGCGCAUGUACACUAUCUUCCAGCUUCAUGGCGGGGUUACGCCCACACUUCCACAGUUCGAGAUCAGUUCGAGCAAUUUUUCCAGCUGAAAGCAAUGUACAUCAUGAACGAGUUGUUCAGUCCCUUCGUUGCGCCGUUCGUAUUGCUGUUUGUACUAAAGCCCAAAGCCCUGGACUUGGUGGACUUUUUCCGCCACUUCACGAUCGACGUCGUCGGCGUAGGCGAUGUGUGCUCGUUCGCCCAGUUGGAUGUCCGUAAGCACGGCAAUCCGGAUUGGCAAGUCACCAACAGUGCCAUCGAGAAGGACUCCAACGAAGCCAUCAACACUCCGGUGAUAGAAAACAAUCAGUACACGCAAGGCGAGCACGGAAAGACGGAGCUUUCCUUAGUUCACUUCACGCUCACCAAUCCCACAUGGCAGAUGCCACCGGAAGCCAGACACUUUGUGCAGGGAAUUAAACGGCACGCCCUACAGGAUCUCAACCGGCAGCGAGGUAUCCUGUACGGAGGCGUUCCUCCAACCAUGACCAAUCCCAUGACACAGAGUCUCCUGUCGAUGGAGAGCCUCGGAGAUCAGUAUCAAUCGAUAAUUCAUCCGAUUCUGCAAACUCAUCACCUAUCAAACUCGCAACAGUUAGGUCUAUCGUUGAACCUGGGUGGAUUCGGUACACCACCGCCAAUUUCACUUCCUGCUGGGGUGGCACCUCAUCUUCAGCAAUCCAAUGUGCAAUCACACUAUCAGUACAACUCCCCUCCCUCGUUCGACUUCGAGCGGAUGCUGCAGCAAAAUCUCACCGAUGGCAGUACGGUGGCACCUCUCCGGAGCACGUUCCUGCAUGACAUCAACGAAAACGACGGCGAUGAGAAUGGUGGAGGCGGCAUGGAGGGAGCUGCUGGAGUGGCUGGAGGAAGUCAACUUUAUUCAUCUAGUCAAGCUGCUGGUCAAGGCCUUGGUGAUCCAAGGACGACCAUGAGUUUUAGCACCCGAGGCGGUAUGAGUAGACGGGAGGGACCUGCCGAAGGUUCCCGCAAUGGGCUGCUGUCGAGUCUUUACGGGGAAAACGUAGGAUCUCAGGCACCGUCGCACGAGGUAACGCAAGCGGAUAUGUGUCUUAGUACUUUGUACCUGCACGAGUUGCAUCACAAUCACAUGCGACGUCGCGGUGGCAGCCUUCGGACCGAGGCAGCCCAACGGCAGCAGUGGCAACGGCCACACCAACAGCAAUCACCAUCGGUCGUGUUUUCCGGCUCCGGUCACGUGUCCGGUUCUGGAGCCGCAGCCACCACAUCCAGUUCGACCUCGGCUGCGGAACGAACGCCGCUCCUCGGGGGCAAAAAGUCCUAGCAAAACGCCGAGUGGGUCUAACGAUAGGAUAUAACGUUAUAGUUCCACACAAGGAUUUAGGCGAAGUGAUAUUUUUUUAAGUUACAAUGAGGCAAGAUCGAUAGGGUUGUACCAGCCCCGUGUGUGUUGCCCUAGGUCGUAAGCGUGAAUGUUAGUAUGUGUUUAUUCGGUAGCUCUUGUCCUCCCGACACUCAGUGUUUUCGUGAAAGCAAAGAACUCACACACACAAACUCACGUUCGAUUCACUCUAAUUUUAAGUAGGAAAUCAUUUUUUUAAUUAUAUUUUGGACGAAACUACUUAUCCGCACAGAUCCGUUGAUGAUGCGAUCGUCCUCUAUUUUAGUCGAAUGGGCAGAAACAUCGUGAUGAAACCAGUUGGACAAAGUUUUAUUGGUCUUUACCUAUCUCUGUAAAUAGCCAUUAAAGAAUUUCGAAAAUCGAUAAAUUUCUUACACUGAACAGAUGUAUUUAUAGUAUGAAUCGAUUUGUAACCUCUUGAAAGAUUACUAACUCAAGGCUGGAUUCAAGUGAUUCAACACAUUAGAAAACUUUUCUGUACAUAUUUUCGGCAACAGAAUUUGAAGGAGAAUAACAUAUUUUCAAGUUGAA